AUGGCCGACAUGUCGUUUGGUGUAGACAAUUUUCAACAACUGAAUAAAGCUUGUGAAAUUGGCAAGAAAUUAUUUUAUAAAGAAUGCACAACUACAACAAUGGAUGAUGCUAAAGAACUGGGCUUGAAUGGUUCUGACCAUGGGACUGCCAUAAUGGCUGAGGUUCAAACCAAUGCUAGAGGAGCUAAAAAUAAUAAAUGGAGUGCCCUUCAUACUGGAAAUAUAUUUGUCUCUAUUAUUUUACACAAGACAAAGUUAGAACAGGGCUAUAUCUCAAGAUUUACAACAGAAGUAGCAGCCUCGUUAGCUGUUCUCAAGGCUGUUAAAGAUCUUGGUAUUGAUAAUGUUAAAACUAAAUACCCGAAUGAUUUGUGGAUACGAGGACACAAACUGGCUGGCUUUUUAUUAGAAGAGGUUAUGUUUGAUAUUGAUGGAUCUAUUCCCUUAAAACACCUGGCCAUUCUAGGAAUUGGUUUAAAUGUGAAUUCUGAUAUUUGGGGAGAACCAGGACUCAGUCGCUUAGCAACCAGCAUCAGAUGUGAACUGCAUGGGAAAUAUGUCAGCAGAGAGAAACUUUUCGCUCAGAUCUGUUUCAAUUUAGAAGAGAAUUUGAAGAAGAGACAAUCUGAAUUGUUUUCUGAGUUUUGUGAACAUCAUCUAUUUCAACCUGGACAACAAAUUAUGGUGAAUUCUCUCAGAGAUAAAAAACAUUUUAAGGCUGAAAUUUUAGAAUUCAAAGAUAACUGGAACUUCAGAUUAAAAUGUGAAGGUAGUGAAGAAAUAAUAGAAAAUAACAGUACCUAUUAUAGUUUACGACCAAUACCAAGUCAUGUGAUCUACAUAAUAAGAAAUGGUGGACAUGAUAAAACCUCGAGUAGUUUGUUAUUGAUGGAAAUAUUUUUAUCUUUAAUAGAUACGACUCAAUAUACCGUUAAAUAUCUUAAUUUACACGAUAUACAAAAUGAUGAUUGGCAGACUUAUUGUAAACUGGUUGUUAUUAGUGAUAAUUCUGAAGAAUCUGAUUGGUUGAAAUCAAGCGAUAGUUUAAAAUCAUUUGUUAAUAAUGGUGGAAGGUUAUUGACUAUGGGUCAAAGUUCAUCAGUAUUUCCCAUCACACAACAGUUUGUUGCUAAAACCAACAACAACUUAGACGAUGGUGGUGGACUGAAGUUGAUAGAAGUUGAACUCGGUGGUAAAAAUUUUGCUCAAAAAAUUCCCCUGUGUUAUCGUGAUACUUAUUACUCAUUUAAUACUGAAACUUCAGAUCAAAUACUGGCCAAGUAUAAUGAUGCUCAAAAUCAUGUUGCCAUGGUUACCAAACAAUAUGGACAGGGGAGAAUUUGUAUGUGUGGUUUCAACCCAGAAAUUAAUUAUAUCAAUGUGGACAAUUUUUCUGGGACAAUACCGUUUCACAAAGAACUAGAGGAGAAUGUAUUUUUACAAGAUUUGUUGUUUUUCAAUAUAUUCAAAUCUUUAGAUUGUUAUUAA